AUGAUUAUUAGUUUUGAUAUGGAAACAAUUCAAAAAAAAACUAAAUCUUUGAUUGAAAGAUUAAAAGUUGAAUUUAGUAGGUUAAGAAUCGGAACCGCAAAUCCUGCAAUUCUUGAUUCUAUAACUAUUCCUUAUGAAGGCAGAAACACAGUUUUAAAGGAUGUUGCACAAAUUAUAAUAAAAGAUCCUAAAACAUUAUUAAUCUUAAAUGAAGUUGAUAAAGCUAUAAGAAAUGCAAAUCUUAAUUUAAAUCCAAUAAUUGAAACAAACAAUUCUAUCAAAGUCCCCAUACCAAAAAUAACAACAGAAUAUCGUGAAGACAUAACAAAAGUUGCAUCAAAAAUUGCCGAGAAUUCCAAAAUAAAACUUCGACUUAUUAGACAAGAUGGAAUGAAAGAUUUAAAGAAGGAUUCUAAAAAAAAUAUUUCAAGUGAUCAAAUUAAAUUAUUGGAAAAAUCGCUUCAGUUAUUUGUAGAUAAAUCUGUUAAAGAGAUUGAUGAUGUAUUGAAGGCUAAAACAAAAGAAAUUUCAGGAAAUUAA